GGGAUCAUUGGAAAGGAACUGAGAGACUUACAGCCCCUUAUUACAGAGCUCACUUGGGAUUUUUAGCAUGGCUCUCAAACAACAGCCUCUCUACCUGCACCUGGCUGAGCUCACCGCCUCCCAAUUCCUGGAUAUAUGGAAACAUUAUGACUCUGACGGAAAUGGAUACAUUGAGGGCAAAGAACUGGAGAACUUUUUCCAAGAACUGGAAGCAGCACGGAGAGGAGCUGGUGUGGAAGCAUCCAGUGUUAACUUUGGAGAAAAAUUGAAAGACUUCAUGCAGAAAUAUGAUAAGAAUGCAGAUGGUCGUAUUGAAAUGGCUGAGCUGGCCCAGAUUCUCCCCACUGAAGAGAACUUCCUGCUGUGUUUUAGACAACACGCUGGAUCCAGCAUUGAAUUCAUGGAGGCCUGGAGAAAGUGUGACACUGACAGAAGUGGUUAUAUUGAAGCCAAUGAGUUGAAGGGCUUUCUGUCUGAUCUUCUAAAAAAAGCAAACCGACCUUUUGAUGAGAAGAAACUUCACGAAUACACACAAACUAUUCUGCGCAUGUUUGACAUGAAUGGUGAUGGUAAACUCUGCCUGUCUGAAAUGUCUAGAUUGUUACCAGUGCAGGAGAACUUCCUACUGAAAUUCCAGGGGAUGAAGUUGAGCAGUGAUGAAUUUAAUGCAAUAUUCAGUUUUUAUGAUAAGGAUGGAAGUGGCUAUAUAGAUGAACAUGAGUUGGAUGCUAUGCUGAAAGAUUUCUUUGAAAAAAACAAAAAGGAUGUGGAUAUCCAGAGUCUAACUGGUUACCGUCAGAGCAUUAUGUCUUUGUGUGACGGGGGACGUCUGUAUCGCAAAGAACUGGAGAUUGUACUCUGCAAUGAUUCUCCCUCCCUUAAGUAGUGUGGGACCAUUCCUUCGUACACAAGCAGCACUGCACUGAGCUCCUGUAUCUUGCCCCACCCCACCCUUGAGAAGCCAGAGGAGAGAGUACUGUGCAUGAGAGAAAAGUGAAGAGACAGUAGAUAAAAAGAGAAAUUUUGUGUAUGAUAAAGGUUUGUCAGAAAGAGACCUUGGGGAAUGUGUAGCAAUGGCAAAUGACAGAUUUAGUGCAAAAUGAAAACAACUUACCUGUUUGUAUAAGAAGAAAACUGAGAUCUACUAGAGUUUCUGUGUUUGAGAGAAAAUGGUACUAGAGCAGAGGAAACCAGUCAAAUGAGGUAUAAAGAAACUAAGAAGAAAUGAAUAUAGAUAUUGCAGGGAUAUGGCAGUCCAGUUAGACUGAGGAAAUCUUUGUUUUAGUAGUACAUAUGCUAGAAGGCUACAUGCCUACAUCCCUGUAUGUAUCAAAUUCCAUUGCAAGUGAAAAGGUAUCCCAAUACAUAGGACUAGAGUCCACAUCAUGGGCACUACCUCUUAUGGCAAAUAAUGGAUCUCUAAAGCAACUGUACAGCUAGCACACUGAUUGUCAGAAGCCAGGGAGAAAGAAAGUAAGGAAGCAUGCAUGUCAUUCAACCUCACAAACCAACACUGUGUUCUUCUCACAGGUCCUUCUUCUUAGUUCUCUCUGGUAGCUCUCACCGUGGGCAAUUCACCCAGUAUGUUCCAUUAUUUCUGUACUGUCUCUUUCCUCUCUCACUCUCUCCUUCUGCUUCUCUAAACUAGAUACCUGUUGUCCUGGGUUUAAAUGGGGGGUUUGUCUCCUUUCUCAUCAGCUUGUGGAUACCACAGAGUGAAUCCUUUUUUUAUUUUUUGGUUUUGCUUGUUUAACCUGUUAACCAAAGAAUGAAUAAAUCUGACUGAUCCAGUG